CUUCAUCGCGUUCAGUGGGUGAUUGGGGGUCUGGCAGGAGAAGAGCCAAACAAAUGCCUUUUUAGUCCAGCUGAUCACUCUCGCCGAAGCUGAUCACUCCCGCUUUCCAUAUACCACCACAAACAAACAAUGCGCUUCUUUUUCCUCACCUUUAUUGUUGGGUUGACAGCGUCUAUAUUGUCUGUCACAGCAAAGCGACCAAACUGUAGCCCACCUGGAGGUAUUUGCGUAACGGAUAGUAACUGUUGUGAGAGCAAUGAUACCUGCAAUGGUGGCGUGUGCGAGCUUGCGGCGAGCCUCCCCACCCGCCGUAGCGACACACUACUAAACGCUGCUGAUUGAGAAAUGAAUAGAGGUGAUACUUAUAUGGGGUCAGACUGGCCAGCG